ACUACUACAGAGUACUACUACAGAGUACUGCUGAGUACUACUACAGAGUACUACUACAGAGUACUACUACAGAGUACUACUGAGUACUACUACAGAGUACUGCUGUCCUGAUGGACUCUGCAGCACCUCCUGGUCCUGGUCCUGGUCCUGGUCCUGGUCCUGGUCCUGGUCCUGGUCUGUCCCAGGUCUCGGUGUUGUCUCUGUUAGGCUGUAGCAUCCAGGUGCUAGCAGCGUUCCUAUUGGAGGACAGGUUUGGGAGGCGGAGCUCUGUGGAGGACAGAUGGACACUGCUGUGGCUCUUCUAUGAUGUCAUCGUCCAUCUGACUCUGGAGGGUCCUUUUGUCUACAUGUCUCUUGUGGGAACAGUGGAAACAUCUGAAGGUCCACUGGCCGAACUCUGGAAGGAGUAUGGUAAAGCAGACAGUCGCUGGUUAGUUUCUGAUCCAACGAUUGUUUCUUUGGAGCUUCUGACCGUCGUCCUCUGUCCUCUGAUCGCUGUCCUGCUCAUCUACGCAAGUACUACACACCAAUACUACAGACAUUUCCUACAGAUCAGUCUGAGCGUGUGCGAGCUGUACGGCGGCUGGAUGACGUUCUGUCCUGAUUGGCUGAUGGGUUCUCCUCACCUGGACACGUCCAGCUGGCUCUACCUGUGGGUCUACCUGGUGUUCUUUAACGGGCUCUGGGUUCUGGUCCCGGUCCUGCUGCUGGUCCGGUCCUGGUCCUCUCUGAAGCAGCUGCAUGACAUCACACCAGAUGAUGUCACCACACACAGGAAGAAGAUGUAGAGGCUGCUGAUUGGCCGAUCAGCUGUUCACCCAUCAACCAAUCAGAUGUUUUGUUUCAUGUCAUUUCACAUCCGAACAAAUAAAGUUUUAAACAGCU